AUGACUCCCCUUGGCAGCCUGCUACGCGCCACCGACUUGGCCAGCAACCGCAAGGACAACACGAAGUGGCUUUGCAUUUCUCUCCACCCCAGUGGCAACGUCAUGGAGGAGUACAAGAGGUGGGCGUCACAACCCAGCAGAGCCGCAAGGUACUCUCGGCCUCCCGUGUGCUCACCCGUCCAUUCUGCAGCGUCCACUGUGCCUUCCUCAUCGGACCCAAGUUCGAGGCCAAGAGCGGUGGCAGGAACACGAUACCAUGCCAAGAACCCGCUUCCGGGCGGUUGGCGGUACGAACAAGUCCCGCUGCUCAACGCUCGGCACACGCCGAAUCUUCUCGUCCGCGUUCUCAUCAGUAAGAUCGCCGACGAGGACCGCGUCAUCGACAUCCUUCGCCACGCGUCCCUCGUCCCAAACGACCCAAACUUCCGCUGCCGCCGCUGGAUUGCCGACGCGCUCGACAGGCUCCAACACGACGCCGAGACCAUGGGCACCGCCUUUCUCGACCGGCACGCCGUCGAAACCGUCCGCCGCGACUACCUCCGAAGCAAGUCCGCCGACGGCCGCUUCGCCGAACCCGACAGCUUGGACAACCGUCGGCCCAAGCCUGCGUGGGACGUGCUCAAGAAUAUGGAGACGACGUGCUGGCGUCCGAAGGGCAUCAUGCUCGGCUAG